CUUUACUGCAGGGACUGACUGGGACCGGACACGCCUGUUGUGAGCUGUAAGCAGUUUUGUUGCCUUGGUGGUGAUCCAGCAUCACUCAAUCAUGACCAUAGAGGAGGAAAUCCCGGAGGUGGGAGCUCAGGAGUUCUACGACAAAUAUGAUCCCAAGGAGAUUCUGGGAAGGGGAGUGAGCAGUGUGGUGCGUCGCUGUGUCGACAAGCGGUCAACUCAGUCCUAUGCGGUGAAGAUCAUUGACAUCACCCCCUCGGACAAGAUGAGCACAGAAGAGAUCGAGGAGAUCCGAGAGGCCACGGAGAAGGAGAUUGAUAUCCUGAAGAAAGUCUGUGGACAGGACAACAUCAUACAGCUCAAAGACUGCUACGAGUCCAACGCCUUCUUCUUUCUAGUUUUUGAUCUGAUGAAGAGAGGUGAACUUUUUGACUACCUCACAGAGAAGGUUACCCUGAGUGAGAAGGAAACCAGGAAUAUCAUGCGCGCUCUGAUGGAGGUGGUCCAGUUCCUCCACGACCAGAACAUUGUCCACAGGGACCUGAAGCCUGAGAACAUCCUCCUGGAUGAUGAAAUGAACAUCAAACUCACCGACUUUGGCUUCUCUGUGCAAAUCAAGGAGGGAGAGAGGCUCAAAGAGGUGUGUGGGACUCCUGGUUAUCUUGCACCUGAGAUCAUUGAGUGCUCCAUGGACCCAGGACAUAUAGGAUAUGGUACUGCUGUGGACAUAUGGAGUUCAGGUGUGAUCAUGUACACGCUGCUUGCAGGCUCUCCACCCUUCUGGCACAGGAAGCAGAUGCUGAUGCUGCGUAUGAUCUUGGCGGGAAAAUAUGACUUCUCAUCUCCAGAGUGGGAGGACCGCUCAGAUACUGUUAAAGAUUUGAUCUCUCGGAUGUUGGUGGUGGACCCGAAAAAGCGUUUCACAGCUAGAGAUGUUCUCAACCAUUCAUUCUUCUCACAGUAUGUGGUGAAUGAAGUACGACAAUUCAGCCCGUACAGGCGUUUCAAGGUCAUUUGUAUGACUGUGCUUGCCACAAUGAGAAUCUACUGCAACUACCGCCGAGCCAAGCCUGUUACCAAGGAGGUGAUCAAGAGUGACCCAUAUGCUGUGAAGCCCAUCCGCAAGCUCAUUGAUGCAUGUGCAUUCAAGAUCUACGGCCACUGGGUCAAGAAGGGCCAAACUCAGAACAGAGCAGCACUUUUCGAGAACACUCCCAAAACCAUCCUGCUGUCUAUAGCUGCCGAGGCAGACGAGCCAGCCCACAGCAUCUGGUAAUAAACAGUCGUUCCUCAGAGCGCAUCUGUUGGAGCUUAAAGGUAUACUAUGCAGGAUUUCUUGGUUGGUGUGUUUAAACACACAGUAUUCAAAGUUUGUCUCUCCUCCCUGGCUCAAAGAAUUGGG